UUGAGGCCACCCCGGUGGCACCAGAGCCCUCUCAGGAAGGCAGACCCAGGACCUCCCCGCCACACCUUGUUCAUGGAUUUUGUUGCUGGAGCCAUCGGAGGCGUCUGCGGUGUUGCUGUGGGCUACCCCCUGGACACGGUGAAGGUCAGGAUCCAGACGGAGCCAAAGUACACAGGCAUCUGGCACUGCAUCCGGGAUACGUAUCACCGAGAGCGCGUGUGGGGCUUCUAUCGCGGCCUCUCGCUUCCUGUGUGCACGGUGUCCCUGGUGUCCUCCGUGUCUUUCGGCACCUACCGCCACUGCCUGGCGCACAUCUGCCAGCUCCGGUACAGCAGCCCUGACGCCAAGCCCUCCAAGGCCGACGUCGCGCUUUCGGGAUAUGCCUCCGGCCUCGUCCGCGUGUUCCUGACAUCGCCCACUGAGGUGGCCAAAGUCCGCCUGCAGACACAGACACAGGCACAGAAGCAGCAGCGGCGGCUCUCGGCCUCGGGGCCCUCGGCUGUGCCCCCCGUGUGUCCUGCGCCCCCAGCCUGCCCAGAGCCCAAGUACCGCGGACCGCUUCACUGCCUGGCCACAGUAGCCCGCGAGGAGGGGCUGCGCGGCCUCUACAAGGGCAGCUCGGCCCUGCUGUUACGGGACGGCCACUCCUUUGCCACCUACUUCCUUUCCUACGCCAUCCUCUGUGAGCGGCUCAGCCCCGCUGGCCACAGCCAGCCAGAUGUUCUGGGCGUGCUGGUGGCCGGGGGCUGUGCGGGAGUCCUGGCCUGGGCUGUGGCCACCCCCAUGGACGUGAUCAAGUCGAGACUGCAGGCAGAUGGACAGGGCCAGAGGCGCUACCGGGGCCUCCUGCACUGUAUGGUGACCAGCGUGCGGGAGGAGGGACCCCGGGUCCUUUUCAAGGGGCUGGUGCUCAACUGCUGCCGCGCCUUCCCUGUCAACAUGGUGGUCUUUGUCGCCUAUGAGGCGGUGCUGAGGCUCACCCAAGGUCUGCUCACAUAGCUGGUCCCCACGCUCAGCGGCCCAGCCGCCGGCAGCUGCGGGAGGUUGUAGUGGCUGGAGGAGGCAAGGGGUAGUGUGGCUGGGGUUGGGACCCCACAGGGCCAUUGCCCAGGAAAACGAGGAGCCUCCCUGCAGUGAGUCGGCCGAGGCCUGAGCUUGCCCUGCCCAGCUACUGACCUCAGGUCGAGGGGCCCGCCGGCCAUCAGCCAGGGUUGUCCUGGGGUGGCAGGAGCCAGGGAGGAGUGGGCCUCUUUGAUGAGGGCGUGUCGCAUGGAGUCAGUUGUUCAUCCCAGCUUCCCCGUGGCCCCCGCCUCCCAUGUCUUUGGAGCAAACUUCCAGGGAGUCAGGUGUGUGCUCAGCCAACCUCUGUCCCAUUCCCAGACCCUCGUCCCCACCACUGUUCUUGUCUUCAUGAGCUGUCCCUUACAGGCAGGGGCUUCCCACAGGCUGGGGGCCUUGGGGCAGGGAGCAUGAGCUGGGCUGGCCCACCAUGACUGACGGCUCCCCCGGCCUGGCUUGUUCCCCACAGCAGGCUGCUCCCAGGGGUGCUGCCGGGACUGCCAUGCCCACCUGGCAGGGGCCCGGGGUGGCCGUCCUCACCCGGUUAGGGAAUUUGGGGUGAGGUUCCUCAGGAGCCCUCACUCUGCCUGUGGACGCUGGAAAGACCC